AUGAAGGAUCUUAUUCCACUUAAACUUUCACCGUCUUCUUCAAGUGUUUGGAGCGACAGUCAGCCUACGCCAGCUGACGAAGGUAUGGCGGAUCGUGUGGCCGACUGCCUACCCGAGGUCCUUGCUAGAGACUUGGAGUUGUCGGCGGCUAUUUUCGCGGAGAAAAAGAUGACAGCUGGGGCUCCCGUGAUUCCACUUUCUGCCGAGGAGCGAGCAAGGUUACGAGCCAGCAGGCUGGCCUUGUAUUCACCAUAUCUAGCAGCUUCCGCGAGAGUUCAUCCGCUCGAUCCCAUUGAGGAAAGGGAUUCCACGGCAUCAUUCGUCGACCAGGAAGUAGAGCUUCCUGUGGAAAGGCAUGACCUUGAUUCUGAGUCAUCCAGCACGACUAGUCACUGCAGCUCAGACGGCGCCGAACCACCCGAGUUUCGCCAUCGCGGUUCCGUCGUCACCACCGCAACGUCCUUGGCGUCCGUGGCCUGCAGACGGAAGAACUCGCUUCUUCCUGACAAUCAGGUUGAACACAGUUGGAUUGAGGCCGAUUCGGACGGCGAGGAUCAUGUUGACAGCACAACACAAGAGUACAAUGUGGGAUCACUGUCUCCACGACCACCAACGCCGCCUUGCUCUGAACUCGGCUCUCCUAUUACCGAGAGAGGUACAAAAUUCGACAUACCAAACCCUUGGAUCCAUACUCAAAGCUCCCUCCAUCGGAAAUCACACUCUGUUAGUGGUGGCUCUCCGAGUGUGCCAGUUCAGAGGCAGCUCUCCGGUAGAACCCCGAGCUUGCCUGUGCGACCAUCGACGAUGAACGGGCCAAGAAGACAGUCCACAGAGGAUUCAUUCAAAAAUGAUCAACUUCAAACGACGUGUCCGACCCAGUGUCAAUCUUUGAAGACAAUACGGCGCACACAAUCGCUUCGAACCAGUGCUACAGACUCAUUCUUUCCAACUCGUCGGCUACAAAUGCCGUUACUCCAGCCAGCCAUCCGUCCGGAGACGUCACUAGUCACCAACGCAUGCUCGGUGUCCGAUGACGAAGGCUUAUCCCCCGUUGCGAAUUAUGACUCUGUCAAACCCCAUGCAUUAUUUGUCCGGCCGCCGACACCUCCCGAACCUCUGCGGAGUGUUCAGUCGUGGCUCAACAGCAGCCUCCAGCCAUAUCCCUGGGUAUCCCACAACGACGAGGCUGCAAGAGCUGUGCCCUUGCCACCGGAUGCUAUCGAGACACUGCGGGUGUCGGUGGCAUGCUUCCCGGAAACGAUGCUUUUGACGUCUAGUCUGACCGUCGAGACCAUUCGCAGCUACGCGAAGAAAAUGCGGCAUCCUGUCACAGAAGCGCUCAGCAUUUCCGGGGAUACAUCCAUCCAGCCACCAAGGAAAUCGCUCUGGCGCAAGGUUUUCGAUUACAACAAGGGGCCGCAGCUAUCGGAUUGGGAAACAAGACCGAGGUACUCCAAUUCACGCCAGGGAAGUAGCAUGGGUUCAUCAUCGUCAGAGGAACUGGACAUGCCCAAGCCGUGGACUCCAAUCAGAAAUGUGUUCGGGCACUGUUCUGAUUACAUUUGCGACGCAAUAUACGCCCAUAUCGUGUCGUACAAUUACGUUUCGGCCUUGGUAGCACGCAACCCCGUGCCAGUUGCCGGCAAUGGGCGCACCAGCUCGAUAAGCACCAGGGACCAGCAACAGCAAGAUGACAUUCCAAAGAAGGCCGCGUCCUUGCUCGGCCUCACAGCUUCAGCUUCCGCAGAAAGAGCGGCCAGCAGGGGCCGAUUCCCCAGGCGCGUGAGCUCGCCUCUCGGCGAAUGGAACAAGGAGGGCAUCAUGACCAGCCGCAACACCACGCCCAGCAGCCAAGACAAUGCGCUGCGGGUGAUACAGAGCGGCCUGCUGCAGUGCAUCGCCAGACUGGUAGCCACGGCCAAGCUCAUGGCCGACAGUGACGCCGGAGAAGAGCGAAUGGUGGACAUGGAGGCUGAAGACGCAGACAUGCUGUUCAUGAGAAGCCUGUGUGAAAUUGUCCGAAUGGCCGAGGAAGCGUCAUGA